AUGGCUAUGUGGAAGGGAGCAGUGGUGCUGGGCGUCCUGCUAGCGCUGCAGACCGCUGGACUUCAGUAUUACUACCAACAGAAGUAUGAGGGAUUGGACCCAGCAGCAUGCCGCGCUGCACUGGCCGAACUGGCCGCCGCCGGCGCCACCUCUGCGCCGCACAUCGAAGUGGCUAAGGAAUGCACAGAUGCGGACGAGCGCUGCGAGCAGUGGGCCAGCUCUGGGGAGUGUGAGAAGAAUGAGGCCUUCAUGAUUGGCACGGAGCAGGCCCCCGGGCAGUGCGUCAAGGCAUGCAACAAGUGCCCAGGCGUCGCCGCGGCCACCGAGGCCCCGGUCGAGGCGGACGUAGCUGUUGAGGCUGAGUGA